AUGGCGACCACUCGCAUCGUGAAAGUGGCAGCUGUGCAAGCUGCACCCGUCUCUUUUGACCUCGAGAAGAGUUUGGAGAAAUUAACCAGAUUAGUCGGUGAAGCAGCUAAGGGGGGAGCUGAUCUUAUCGUGUUCCCCGAAGCGUUCUUAUCGGCUUACCCAUGGCGAUAUGCGUUUGAUGCCACCAUCGGAGCACGAGAGCCUCGCGGGAGAGAAUGGUACGCGAAAUAUUACGACUCCGCGGUUGCUGUACCAUCUCCGGCAGUGGAUACCAUCUCGAAAGCAGCUAAGUCCCAACGCGUGUAUAUUCAGGUUGGUAUCAUUGAGAAAGAUGGGGGCACGCUGUAUUGUACCGCCUUGCUGGUUGGUCGAGACGGUUCCAUAUUGUUGAAGCAUCGAAAAUUGAUACCCACAGCUGCGGAGCGUCUAGUAUGGGGAAGGGGGGCGGGUGACGGCCUUGGAGUUGUCCAAACUGACAUAGGCAAGAUCGGUACAUUGAUCUGUUGGGAAAAUUACAUGCCCGCGGCGCGGAUGGCACUCUACCAACAAGGAGUCGAGAUUUAUCUAGCUCCCAACGCGGAUGAUUUGCCGUCAUGGAUCGCGUCGAUGCAACAUAUCGCCAAGGAAGGACGAUGCUUCGUUGUCUCGGUGAAUUCGGUGUGUAAAGUUUCCGACUUUCCUGAGGACUACCCGCCAUUUACUCCCGAACAUCACGACCGGAAGCCGGACGGCUCGAGAUGGGAGCCUGACGAUAUCGUAAACCGCGGAGGAUCUUUCAUCGUGGGUCCUCUUGGAAUCCCAUUGACAGAGCCAGUAUGGGACAAGGAAGAGAUAAUCUUCUCCGAUUUGAAAUUGUCGGAAGUAACAGAGUCACGACUUGAUUUCGACCCGGUUGGUAGCUACGCUCGUCCAGACGUAUUUACCCUGACGGUAAAUACAAAACCCGGGACAAAUGUAAGCUUCACGGGAUAGGUUAGGCGUUGGGUUAGGACGUGAUAUUUUGGAAUUUUCGCUGUUCCAUCGAUCGAGAGACACACGUGGUUCGAUACACCGGACUGGGCAUUCCGUAGUUAGGUAGAUUAUUCUGUAGCCCGUAGGAUAAAACCACAA